AUGCCUGCGGCUACCAUGACGUCCAACAAGCGCAUCCUGGGCGAGACGUCCAGCGCUCGGAGGAACAUACCCGCUACACCAGCAGCUUCAAAAAAACAGAAGACUGAUCACUUCUCAUCCUCUCCUGCCCCUCGCUUUGCCAGUUCCCAGGCAGCAAAGGUCGCCUCUAGCCAGCCGAAGAGCGCCUUUGAGGCCGAGGUUCUGGAAAAGCUCAGCCAGGACAUUUCAGAGCUCAAGCAGAACAACACAGAAAAGGACCAGUCAUGGGCGCGACCGCCCAUCCCGGAGCACUUCAAUCCAAGGAGCUCCAGCCUGUGUUUUCAACAGAUCGAUGCUGAGGAGGGCACGCUGCAUGGUGGCAACCCCACUGUCAAGCUAUUCGGCGUGACUGAGGAUGGCAACUCGGUAAUGCUCCACGUCCAAGACUUCAAGCACUACCUUUUCGUCGCGGCUCCCGUGGGAUUCUCCGACAAGGACUGCAUCCCAUUCCGGGCCUACCUGGAGACCCAGGUCGCCCAGCACCAGCCUGUCAUCCACUCCGUGCAGAUGCUCAUGCGAGAGAAUAUCUACGGAUUCCAAAACAAUACUCAGAACCCAUUUCUCAAGAUCACUGUGACAGAUCCCAAGUUCAUCAACAGGGUUCGAACGACUAUACAAUCAUGCAACGCCAACUGGAAAGGCCUGUGGAAGUCUGCCGAUGGCCAGAUCCUCACCUUUGACAACAUUCAAUACCUCCUGAGGUUCAUGGUGGACUGCAAGAUAUUCGGCAUGUCCUGGAUAGAAGCCCCCGCCAGCAAAUAUCAGCUGAUUCCCGAGCGUGACCGGCAGUCGAAUUGUCAGAUCGAGGCAGAAUGCAGUUACCUUGACCUGAUAGCACACAAGCCAACCGGCGAGUGGUCAAAAAUGGCACCACUGAGGAUCUUGUCCUUCGAUAUUGAAUGUGCUGGACGUAAGGGCAUCUUCCCAGAAGCCAACCAGGACCCCGUCAUUCAGAUUGCAAAUGUCGUCACCAAGUAUGGAGAGAAGAAGCCAUUCAUCCGCAACGUAUUCUGUCUGGACACCACCAGCUCUAUCGUUGCGACUCAGAUCCUUGAGUUCGGAAGAGAAGAAGAUAUGUUGAUGUCAUGGAGGAAUUUCAUCGACAAAGUGGACCCGGACAUCAUCACUGGCUACAAUAUUGCCAAUUUCGAUUUCCCUUAUCUUCUCGAUCGGGCAAAACACCUCAAAGUCAAGGGUUUCGAGUACUGGUCCCGAAUUCCGUCGGUAAAGUCAGUGUCGAAAGAGACAAACUUUUCCAGCAAGCAAAUGGGCAACCGUGACACCAAAGCCACAAAUACGAAUGGUCGGCUACAGCUGGACCUGUUGCAGCUGAUUCAGCGUGACCACAAUCUGCGAAGCUACACCUUGAAUUCCGUGUCAUCGCAUUUUCUCGGGGAACAGAAGGAAGAUGUGCACUACACCAUGAUCACCGAACUCUUCAACGGCACACCAGAGUCCCGCAGACGUUUGGCACUGUACUGCCUGAAGGAUGCGUACCUUCCACAAAGAUUGAUGGACAAGCUCUCGUGUCUGGAAAACUACACUGAGAUGGCAAGAGUAACAGGUGUGCCCUUUAAUUUCUUGCUGUCCCGCGGCCAACAGGUCAAAUUCAUCAGCCAGCUUUUCCGCAAAGCCCUUGAGCAGAAACUGGUGAUCCCAGACCUCAAAGGCGAGGGGAGUGAAGACCAGUACGAGGGCGCAACAGUCAUUGAGCCGACCCGUGGCUACUACGACGUCCCUAUCGCGACUCUGGAUUUCGCUUCACUUUACCCCAGUAUCAUCCAAGCACACAACUUGUGCUACACGACAUUGGUCUCGAAGAAAGCGGUUGAUGCGUUCAACCUCAAGAAAGACGAGGACUAUAUUGUCACACCCAACGGAGACCUGUUUGUUACGACGAAACAGAGAAAGGGACUUUUGGCGCAGAUUCUUGAGGAAUUGCUGACUGCAAGAAAACAAGCCAAGCGAGAGUUGGCGGCCGAGACAGACCCCUUCAAGAAGGCCGUGCUGAACGGUCGCCAGCUGGCCUUGAAGGUCAGCGCAAACUCCGUGUAUGGUCUCACGGGUGCAAGCAACGGAAAGCUGCCGUGCUUGGAGAUUGCGAGUAGUACCACUAGUUUUGGUCGUCAGAUGAUCGAGAAGACCAAGAAUGAAGUGGAGGCCAAGUACAACAUAGCCAAUGGCUAUUCGCAUGACGCACAGGUCAUUUACGGUGACACGGAUUCUGUGAUGGUCAAAUUCGGCACUACAGACCUUGCAGAAGCCAUGAAGCUCGGUGAAGAGGCAUCGCAAUACGUCUCGGCCAAGUUCGUCAAGCCGAUCAAGCUUGAGUUCGAGAAGGUCUACUUCCCGUACCUCCUAAUCAACAAGAAGCGAUAUGCCGGACUGUAUUGGACAAAGCCAGAGAAGUGGGACAAGAUGGACACCAAGGGUAUCGAGACCGUCAGACGUGACAACUGUCUCCUUGUUCAGACUGUCAUCGAGAAGGUGCUUAGAAUGAUCCUGAUCGACCGAGACGUCCCAGGAGCCCAAGAUUACGUCAAGGACACGAUCGCAGACCUGUUGCAGAACAAGGUAGACAUGUCCAAGCUCGUCAUCACCAAAGCUCUCACGAAGGACGACUAUACCGCGAAGCAGGCACACGUUGAGCUGGCACACCGAAUGAAGAAGCGAGAUGCGGGUUCAGCACCGGGUCUGGGUGAUCGAGUGGCCUACGUGAUGGUCAAGGGCGCCGCCGGGUCGAAGAACUUUGAGAACUCGGAGGACCCAAUCUACGUCCUCGAGCACAACGUGCCCAUUGACACAAAAUACUACCUGGACAACCAGCUGGCAAAGCCGCUGGGCCGGAUUUUUGAGCCUAUCCUGGGCGAGACGAAGGCCAAGUCGCUGCUGGCGGGUGCACACACGCGGUCGAUCGCAGUGGCAGCACCGACGAUCGGUGGGCUGAUGAAGUUCGCCAAGAAGACACAGACCUGCAUGGGCUGCAAGAAGCCGCUGACAGGCAAGGAGGAGUCCCAGGGCGCGGUCUGCGCCGACGACGCGCCUCGCGUUGGCGAGCUGUACAAGAAGACAUUGGACAAGGUGUCGGACCUGGAGGUGCGUUUCGGCCGGCUGUGGACGCAAUGCCAGCGUUGCCAGGGAAGCAUGCACUGCGAGGUCAUCUGCAGCAGCAAGGACUGUCCAAUCUUUUACAUGCGCAUGAAGGCGAAGAAGGACCUGGAGGAUGGGAACAAGGAGCUUCAGAGGUUCGACUUCGACCAGGCGGCAAUAUGGUAG